UGACAUCACAGAGCCCCCCUACUCCUGUCACAGGAGUGAGGAUCAUGAGGCUGUGGCAGUGGGCACAGGUGUGGGUGUGGCUUGUUGGGCCAGGGGUCCUAGAAACAGCAUCCAGUGUCAAGACCUUGGCGCCAGGAGAAAAAUCUCCACUCUUCAUAGACAGACGUGACUUUUUUGAUUACCCAGACUCAGACCAAGCCAGACUCCUGGCUGUGGCCAAAUUCAUUGGAGAAAGCCCGGUCAUCUUUGGGACCUCAGGUUCCAGCUCUGGAGGCUUCUAUUACAUAACGGUGGGCUUCCUGGUAGUGACCUUCCUUUUCCUCCUUUUCCAGUUCUGCAAACACAUGAGCUUCCAGAAAGGAGCCUGAAGAGCUGAACCAGGUGCUGGACUUGGCCCUGAGUGCCGAAACCUACCCUCCUCUCCAGGAUGAAUAAAGUCCUGGUUUCCUUCUCCUUGACUCCCUGGCAGUCGUUGCAGGUGCCCUCAGUGCUUCUACCCCAAGCGGGACCCUCCCCAGCCCCAAAGAAGCAGGAGAGGAGAGGGCCUCGGUGGCGUUCACGCAGAUCGUCUUUAUUAGCGGUCUGUAAAGCACCUCCCAGGGUCCCCUGACCCCAGAUUGGAGGAAGCCUUGAGGUCUGUAGCACCAGGGACAUGCCAGGGCCGGAGGGCAAGAUAUGCAGCCUGAUGGGGAAGGGACAGGGUGCCCCCUCGCCUGCCCUGGGGGGUUGCUCAGCACUGGGAA